AUGCCUCCACCACCGAUGAUCAAGCCGGAGAACAUCCUCAAACGUGCCGAAGAACUUCAAGCCGUUAACCAACCACUGACCGCGUUGAACGUUCUGCAUGAACAUCUUACCAACAAGAGAUCCCGCAAUGCCCCCAUUGUAUCGCUCGAGCCGGCUAUCAUCAAGCUCGUGCAACUCGCCGUCGAGCUGAAGAAGGGCAAAAUCGCCAAAGAUGCCUCUAUCAACCGUCCUCACCGAAUUCAUCAAUCUCGCCGAGAAGAAAGUCCAGGAGCACAAGCCAAAUCACUCGAAGUGCAGGCCACAUUCGACACCGCUCCCACCGAUUCUCUUGGAAAGAUCGAAGAUCUCGAAGCCCUCGAGACGCCCGAGACCAUCCUUCUCGCCACGGUGUCUGGCGAACAGUCAAAAGAUCGCACCGAUCGCGCUAUCGUUACACCAUGGCUCAAGUUCUUGUGGGAAACAUAUCGCACAGUCCUUGAUAUCCUCAAGAACAAUGCCAGAGUCGAGAUCUUGUACCAACAGACCGCCCACCAGGCCUUCGACUUCUGCUUGAAGUACACUCGCAAGACGGAGUUUCGCCGCCUGUGCGAACUGCUCCGUAAUCAUGUGCAGAACGCGGCUAAGUACUCGUCUCAGAUGCACGCCAUCAACCUCAAUGAGCCGGAUACGCUACAGCGACAUCUCGAGACUCGCUUCCGUCAGCUUAACUGCGCUGAUGAGCUGGAAUUGUGGCAGGAGGCAUUCCGCAGCAUUGAAGAUAUCCAUCAGCUUCUCACCCUCUCCAAGCGACCGGCCAAGAACACCAUGAUGGCCAACUACUUCGAGAAGUUGACAAAGAUCUUCCUUGUCUCAGACGACUACUUGUUCCAUGCCGCAGCCUACAACAAGUAUUACACCCUACUUCGCACAUCUCAGGCUGCCGUCGCUGCCGGCCAGAGUCCGAAGAAGGACAAUCCAGUUGUGACUGAUGCUCAACUGACCAAAGUCGCUUCAUUCGUCUUGCUAUCCGCCUUGGCCAUUCCAGUCAUCAGCACAUCACGUUCUCGCGGCCUUGUCGACGUUGAUGAAGCGCGAAAGAAGACGACGAGGCUGACGAAUCUGCUCAACAUGCCUGCCUCUCCCACGAGAGCUUCUCUGUUCAAAGACGCUCAGACAAAAGGCUUGUUAAAGAAAGCGGCACCAGAAAUCCGCGAAUUGUACGACAUCCUAGAGAAGGAGUUUCACCCGCUGUCGAUUUGCAAAAAGAUAUCGCCUAUCCUAGCACGCAUCGGCAAUGAUCCCGAGAUGGUUGUCUACGUCCAGCCUCUGCAACAGGUCAUCCUCACCCGCCUGUUCCAACAGUUGUCACAGGUAUACGAAUCAGUCGAGCUCAAGUUUGUCUUCCAGCUUGCUCAGUUCCCAGAGCCAUUCCAGGUCAAUCCCGCAACAAUUGAGAAGUUCAUCAUGAAUGGUUGCAAGAAGGGCGAUCUUGCUAUCCGACUUGAUCAUGUCUCAGGCACCCUGAACUUCGAUCAAGAUGUCUACUCAUCUGCAAAAGCUGUUGCGGCUGGUGACGACUCUUCCGUUCAGCGUCUUCAACACACUCCGACUGAGAUUGUGCGAACCCAGCUGGAGCGCCUAGCCAAGACAUUGUUCGUUACCUGCAAAUUCGUCGAUCCUUCAUUCAACCAAGCCCGUCUCGCAGCCCGUGAGUCCGCAUUGGCACGUGCUCAGGCUGGCGCUGAGCAAGAGCGCACCGACACCCUGCAGCGACGUGCGAUCAUCGAGCGCAAGAAGGAGGCCGCAUCCGAAGCACUGUCUAGGAAACAGCGCGAGGAGGAGACUCGCCGCCGUGUCCGUGCUCAACAACAAGCUGAAGCUGAGUCUCAGCGUCUUCGUGAUGAGCAGAAGGCCAGAGAGCUCAAGCGUGUCCGCGACGAACAGACCCGCAUUCGUCGUCAGGAAAUGGAAAAGCAGCUCCAGGAGCUGAAGGGCAGCAUGAAGAUCGACCUCGAAGACGUCAAUAUCGACGACCUUGACUCCAACGCCGUCCGCAUGCUGAAGCUCACCCAACUCGAGAAAGAUAAGCGUGACAAGGACGUCAAAGUCGGUGUCACAGCCAAGCGCAUCGACCACUUGGAACGUGCCUUCCGCCGCGAAGAAGUCAAGCAUCUGGACGAAGACUACAACGCUCAGAAAGAAGCCGACCUCAAAGCCUACGAAGAGGAGAAAGCCCAGAAGCUCAAAGACUCCAAAGAAGAGCACGAGCGCCUCGUCGAGCUCAAGAACCGCCUCACCCGCCUCGUUGGUCCUUACGACGAGUUCAAAUCCUCAAUCACAAAGUCCCGCGCUGCCGAGUUCGAGAAAUCCCGUCGCAAGGCCGAGCAGGAGUUCGAAGCUGAGAAGCGCAAGCGUGUCAAGGCUCACUACCAAGAAAAAGCUCGGCUCCGCCAACAGCAAGAAGAAGAGGAGGCCCGUCGCCGUGAGGAAGAGGACCGUCUCGCCCGCGAAGCCGAGCAGAAGGCUGCCGAGGAGGAAGAGAAAGAGCGCCAGCGUGCUGAACGUCGUGCAAAGGCGGAAGCAGAGCGUGCAGAGCGCGAGGAGGCUGCGAGGAAGCAGAUGCAGCGCGAGGAGGAGGCUGCUGCAAGACGUGCAGAGCGCAAGAACCAGAUCCCUGAUCGUACUGCGCCGCCAGUCAGAGACUUUGGCAGUGUCCGUCGCGAGGCGGCCCCUAUGGAAUCUCGCACGGACUCGAACGAGCGUGCUCUGGGUGGUGCUGGAGGCCCGCCUCGUCUCAACUUGGCUGGUCGUGCUGGAGGCGGUGGUGGCUGGCGUGAGCGGCAGGCUGCGAAGGAGGCUGCGGGUGCUGGUGGUGCUCCUGCCCCGUCAGACAGAGCGCCUCCUGUCCAGGAGCCCUCUGCGCCCCGAAGUGGGUAUGUGCCGCCGCAUCUGCGCGGUGCUGCUGGUGCUGCUGGUGCUGGUGCCGGUAGCGGUGCUGGCAGUGGUGGUGACGUCCCGCCUCGCAAGGAGUCCCCCGCCAAUGGCGAUGCCGCUCCUCCUCGUGGGCGGUAUGUGCCGCCAUCAAUGCGCAAUCGUUAG